UCCCCUUGGAGGCACCGUACUUUCCCCCCAACUUAGCUAGCAUCUCUGAAAGAAAUAACCCAUAUUAAACUAAUUAGCAGCGUUUUAGAGCAGUUAAUUUCCUAUUUCCUUUGCUUCCCUUCCGCUCGAGACGCAACUCGGUCAGAAACGUCAUCGCCACCAUUUGGUUCCGCUUUGAGAUGGCCUAGUACACUCACCUCCCACUAAAGGCCAAAUGCGGUGCUAUGUUUCGGGCUUGGCCGAGAUAAGGUAUCCGUAUCUGAACCUCUGCCCCCGGGAGGCUUUGCGAGUUUGUUGACGGUCUAUUUUAGGUGUCGCCGCGUCUGGAAACGAUGGCCAGUAUCCUGUGGCCGGAGCCGCUGUCAAGCGCGCAGCUGAAGCGGCUGGAGGAGCAUAAGUAUAGCGCCUCGGGUCGGUCCCUUCUGGAGCCGCCGUGUCAGAUCUACUGGAACUGGCUGGUGCAACAAAUACCGACAUGGGUCGCCCCGAACACAUUGACUAUCGUGGGGCUGCUCGUCAACAUCGUCUCCACGCUCCUGCUUGUGUAUUAUUGUCCCACGGCCACAGAGGAGGCUCCAGCAUGGGUGUUCAUCCUGAGUGCGCUGGGUCUCUUCAUGUACCAGUCUCUGGACGCCAUCGACGGCAAGCAGGCCCGCCGCACCAACAGCAGCUCUGCCCUGGGCGAGCUCUUCGACCACGGCUGCGACGCCGUCUCCACAGUGUUUGUCGCCGUGGGUACGUGCAUCUCCUGCGGCAUCGGCAGAUACCCCCACUGGAUCUUCUUCUGCGGCUUCAUCGGGAUGUUUAUGUUCUUCUGUGCCCACUGGCAGACCUACGUUUCCGGAACCCUGCGUUUUGGCCUGGUGGACGUCACUGAGGUGCAGUUUGCCAUCAUCACCAUGUACCUGAUGUCCGCGUUUGGGGGGGUGAGCCUCUGGCAAAGCACGUUGCCCAUCAUCGGACUGAAGCUGUACGCCUUCCCCAUCAUGGGCAUCAUCGGAGGGGCCCUCUACUCCUGCCACAACUACUUCCACGUCAUCUUGAACGGCGGGGUCGGUAAAAACGGCUCCACGGUGGCGGACACCAGCGUGCUGAGUCCAGGCUUGCACAUCGGCCUCAUCCUCACGCUAGCCUUCAUCAUUUUCAAGAAGUCGUCAAGCCGGCUGUUGGAGCAUCACCCCUGUCUCUACCUGCUGGCCUUCGGCAUGGUCAUCUCCAAGAUCUCCAACAAGCUUGUGGUGGCGCACAUGACAAAAAGUGAGCUGCACCUCCCAGACACAGCCUUCAUCGGCCCGGGCCUCCUCUUCCUCAACCAGUACUUCAACAGCUUCAUCGAUGAGUACAUAGUCCUGUGGAUCGCCAUGGUGCUCUCCCUUGUGGACUUGGUGCGCUAUUGCACGGGCGUGUGCCUCCAGAUCGCCGCCCACCUGCACAUCCGAGUCUUCAGCAUCACGCCACCUGGCCCCGCCCACCGCGACUGACAGCUUGCCCGGCGGGAGGAGGCGGGGGGAGACACAGACCUCUCCCCGCUCCUGAAAGCAGACGACCACGACUAUGAAGAUGAGCAGAGACCACCCACCCCCAGCCUCGACCAAGUGACCAUCUCUACCUAAAAAAACAAAAAAAACUUGCCUCGCCCACCAAAGGAAAGUAACGCUUCAAAACAUCCCCGAAAAUAACUCAAAUACCAAAUUGUUCUCUUUUUUUUUAAAGCUUUUUAGCCAAAAUGAUUGAAAUCUUUUCCGAUCAUUCAAUAAAUGUGACCAAUCGGGGUUUGCGAGAUGACAAAACAAAAAAGUAAUUGAGGAGUGAUUUCCAGCGAGGUGUUUUGUUUACAGGCUGGUCUGCAGGCGAUGGGCGACCCCGACUUGAUUUUGUUUUCAUCUCAUUGCCGUCGACUUCUGAAGCGUUUGACCGCGCGACCUGUUCUGCUUUCUGACAUCUUCUCCCUUAAGGGCUAAUUCUUUGUGAUUGUACAGCUCACGUCGCCUUAAAUCAUUUGUCUUGUAAUUAAACAUUGUGAAUAUUCCAAAGCAAACACGUUUUGUACAUCUUUUCCACUCGACACUGCAAUACAGAACCUUCCCUUUUGUUGUCGCUUCCAGGAGAAUCCUUGACUGCAAUGAUUGCGUUGUACUCCGGACAAACGCUUUUUCUUCUUUCCGCUUUACUAUUUAAAAAGUCAAAGGAAAAGUGCACUUUUUUGGGGGGAGGGGAUUUUGCCCACCAUCCAGUCCUUAUGUCUUUCUUUUCUGUGAGUUCUAAAGAUAUAAAAACAGGUAACAGGUAAUUAAUGCGGGUAAUGGAACACACCUAUUCCACAUAGAAAGGCUGCUAUUAAAACCCCUCCAACAAGGUUUAGUGGUUUUCUAUCCGUGCUGUGAGCAGGUAGUAACAGCUACAUUCAUGAUAACAUGGAAUACUUACACUAUUUUGGGAACUUCCUUCCUUGGUGCGUUGAGUUCACAUAGCAACAUAGAAAGGAACGCUACACCUAGCGUCAAAACAAAAACACAGCAGCAGUGCCGGCAGCUCCGAUAUGUAGCGUUACCUUUGGCUAGUGGCCUGAGGCUUUGUGAGCGGGCGUGUGGUGAAGCUAGCCGGCUAGAAGCUGGCCCGUGUGGUGUGGCGAGGCGUCACUACGCCAGUAACGUAGUUCUUGGGCAUAACAAUGUUCAUAAUAAUAAUAAUAAUAAUGUCGCUGUAGCUUGGUUAAUAUGCAGCUCACAUUCUAGGCGGAGUAGGUGCAUCUUGUCUGGUCACGUUUGCUGAUAUUAUUUGGCUAUGUUUUGCUGAUAUUGUUCUAACUAUGCUUGCAGAUACUUUUUGGGCUACAUUUGUUUAUAUUCUUCUAGCUACGUUCGCUGAUACUCUUGGCUACAUUUGUGAAUAUUCUUUUGGCUAUGUUUGCCGAUAUUCUUCUAGCUACGUUCGCUGAUACUCUUUGCUACAUUUGUGAAUAUUCUUUUGGCUAUGUUUGCUGAUAUUCUUCUAUCUUCACUGAUAUUCUUCUGGAUCGGUUUGCUGAUAUUGUUCUAGUUAUGUUUGCUGAUACGCUUUUGGCUCAUUUACUGACAAUUUAGCUACCUUUGCGAAUAUUCUUUUGGCUGUGUUUGCUGAUAUUAUUCUGUGUUCACUGAUAUUCUUCUAGCUACGUUUGCUGAUGUAUUUUUGGCUACAUUUGCUGAUCAUUUGGCCACAUUUGCUAAUAUUCUUUUGGCUAUGCUUGCUGAUAUUCUUCUACCUGCGUUGGCACACACUGCAAGGUAUGAUGCCCAAUUCGGAUUUUUUGUUAAAAUCUGCUUUUUUUACGUUCACAUUACUGAAUGAUUCCAUGCAGGAGAUUAAGAAGAAAGAGGGCAAGAAUUUUGGCUAUGGCAGUUUGUGUAGAACUUGUUUAUUUUUCAUCUGACAAGAAGAAGGUGAGUACCUUUUAUCCAAGCCUUGCACGGUAAAUCACGCCUUUCGAUGACGUAUAUGUCGUACUGUAAAUAUGCAACCUGACUCUUCAGACUGCAGAAGAUGGGAUACCUAUUGCAUUGAUAACAAUCAGAGUUGUACUGUUCACACUGACAUGAAAAAAUGAGAUACAGGUCACAUGUAAGCAAAAAAGUGCAAAUGUAGCCUUACUUGCCUCUUUGUAUCUGUUUUUAGAUUUUUACAACGUACAGAAAAGAGCCGUGUGUGUUCAUGUCUCACAGAGGGAUUGUGGAUGAUGGGGCAAAAUUCCCCCAAAAAGUGCACUUUUCCUUUAAAUAUGCUUUUCCUGGAUUUGACUCUGGAAAAUAGCAUCUCACUAUUCAGUUUCUAUGUAUGAAACUAUGCAUUGAAAUGUACAACCUGCAUUUUUCACUGUUCAGUAACAAUUUUUAACAAAUGCGUGUGUGUGGGAGAGAGGGGGCGUUUGUAAUAAAAGAUGAUAUUUUUCAUGCA